AGCGAUAUUUAUGGAUUUGGAAUUAUUGCAUAUGAAGUCUGUACAGGGCUUCCUCCUUAUCAUGAUAUUACUCAUGAUAAAUUCUUAGCUAUUAGCAUUUGUCAAGGACUUAGGCCAAAAUCAAAUUACAAAAUUCCCCAAUUAAUUUUAAACAUAAUUAAACAAUGUUGGGAUGCUGAUCCUUUAAAACGACCUAAAGCAAAUGAAUUAUAUGAUUUAUUAAAUAAUUUAUGUCGUCCAAGUUAUUUAUCAAGCCAUGAAAUCGAUGAGCAAGUUGAAGAAGCAGAAAAAAUUAAUGAAAAGUUGACAUCAUCAUCAUCAUUAUAUACUGGACCUACUCUUUCAUAUACUACAAAUCCUCAAGCAGUUUACACGAGUAGACUUUUAGAUUUUAAAAAUCUUCCAGAACCAAAAAAUGCUAUUGAUAACAAGGAUGAUGAUAAUUCAUUUGGAGAAUAUUCAGAAUCAAUAGAAGCAAUAGAUUUUACUAAACUAGAUCUAGGUACUUAUAUUCAUUAA